AAUGCUGAGAAACUCUUUGGGCCCAUCUGUCUACAUGGUGUCAGGCCCCUGGGUACUCUUGGCUCGGCCAAUCAGAACGGCACGUGGUGAAAAGGGACCUAUCAGCGAGCUGCAUUCCUGAAUAUUCAUUAGCUAUCCAGUCAAACCUUUCAGGCGAGUUAGUGUGUAUUCACAGCAUCAUGCCUCGACUUUGUCAACCCCAAAACUCCAUUUUCUUAUGAAUGGAGAGUGAAAAAAAUCAGAUUCGCUUAAAUUGGGAUCCUUUUCGGUCGGUGGGAGUAGUGGAAGGAAAAGAAGUGAAGUGACAAGCUGGGAGGCGAACGAUGACCAUGACUACAAUGUCAGAAAACCUCAACAGCCCCGUCUCAAGUAAAGCAGUUUUUAUGGAGUUUGGGCCACCAAGUCAACAAAUGUCGCCUCCCAUGUCUCACGGACAUUACUCCAUGCACUGUUUACAUUCUGCCGGCCACUCUCAACAUGACAGCUCCUACAACACUGCUUCAUCCUUCUCACGGUCUCUGGGCUACCCCUAUGUCAAUUCAGUGAACAACCAUUCCAGUAACCCCUACAUCAAUUCAGUGCAAUCGUACCAAAACAGCUCGAAUCUGGCACACACAAGAUUAGAGGACACAGGAGCAGAAUCAGAUAAAGGUACCGUGGUGGAGAGUGGAGAAGUCAGGUUUAAUGGGAAAGGGAAAAAAAUCCGCAAACCCCGGACCAUUUAUUCCAGCCUACAGCUGCAAGCUUUGAACAGACGGUUCCAACAAACUCAAUACCUGGCUCUGCCUGAAAGAGCCGAACUUGCUGCUUCUCUGGGGUUGACACAGACACAGGUAAAGAUUUGGUUCCAGAACAAGCGUUCUAAGUUUAAAAAGCUGAUGAAACAGGGUAAUGGUGCAUUAGAAAACAGCGCCCUUGCUAAUGGUAGGGGCUUAUCCGGAUCCUCCCCUCCAGUUCCACCCGUCUGGAACCCCUCAUCUGCCGGCAAGAGCUCCACAGGGACCCCGGGAAACUACAUCCCUAGCUACACAUCGUGGUACCCUCCAGCGCACCAGGAAUCUAUGCAACAGCCCCAACUGAUGUAAGAUAACCACCCUCGCCCUGUUUAAGCAAGGACAUUAAUCCAAGAAAGCAAUUUCUGAAGUGCACCAUGCCCUUAGCAGACACGCACAGAUGUGAUGCGGAGCGAGUUCCCAAUUCUGCCAGCUGACAGCUCGGCGAAAUCUCUCUCAGAUCCCGUUUAGAACAGACCACCAGCACCAAGACUCUUUGGCGUAAUCCCUGGGACAGUUAAAAAGCCUUUGUUACAAAUUCCUUGUAUGCAUCCUACUCCAAAAGAGGCAGGCUUUGUAUCCCCCUUUAGGAUUUUAGGUCUGUAAUCUGAAGACUGGUUAAUGCAGCGCAGAAUUCACAACAGCAGGAAGUUCUUACUGCACGCGGUCACGGUUUUUGUAUAUAUUAUUAUUUAAAUAUGUUGCACAGAUUUAGCGUUUUUUUUGUUUUGUGUGGAGUGUACAUGAUACAUUGUGAAAUGGGAUCUUAAUAUUUACCUGUGAAAUGGAAACGUGAUACUGAAAAACACUGUGUCUAGCGUUCUAAAUGUAAAGGUUUAGUUUUAUAUUGACGAUGUUAACUUAUUGCUUUGUAUCUUUGAAUCUUUGUAAAUAUAUUAUAAAGUCC